AUGCCACCCUCACAACAGCAACAACAACAACAAUCAAGAUAUAAAAUACUUGCAUUCUUAUUGAUUUUCGCAUUUGUAUUUUUUGCAUACAAUAUAAUUAACACAAAUAAUAAUAAUAAAAAUACUAUAACAGAUAGAAAAAUGUCAAAAGCCGUCGCUGUAUUAAAGGGAGAAAAAGUAAAUGGUGUAAUUAAGUUCACCCAAGAGUCUUCCAGCUCACCAGUAUCCAUUGAUAUUGAAAUCCAUGGUUUGGAAAAAGGAUUGCAUGGAUUCCAUGUUCAUCAAUUUGGUGAUACCACUAAUGGUUGUAUCUCUGCUGGUCCACAUUUCAACCCACACGGUAAGCAACAUGGUGGUCCACAAGACGAGAACCGUCAUGUCGGUGAUUUGGGUAACGUCGAAGUUACUGAAGCCGUCCUCAAGAGCACCAUGACCGACAAGGUCAUCUCACUCUUUGGUGAGCACUCUAUCAUCGGUAGAACCAUGGUCAUCCACGCUGACGAAGAUGAUUUAGGUAAGGGAACCUUCGAAGACAGCAAGACCACCGGUCACGCUGGUGCUCGUUUGGCCUGCGGUGUCAUUGGUGUCUCACAAUUGUAA